CUCCUUGAGGCGCGUCAAGGGGGAGGCGGGCGGGAGGCAGGCAGGUGAUGGGCGCGGUUAAAAACCGCCGCCAACAGGGAAGAACUUUUAACGCUCGGAAAGCCAGCGGAGGAGCCCGUCCCCAGCCGUCUUGCCCGAAGAGACGCGGCUUCCUGACGAGGAGAGAGUAGUGAAGCCCGGCCCCGGCAGUGGGGCUCCUUUUCCCGCCCUCUCGGUCCAUGGUGCGCUAGGCUCGGAACGGCGCCAGGGGCUUUGAUUUCCCUCAGACGCUGACAGGUCAAAGGACUCAAACGAUACAAUGGACUGGGGAUCGCUUCAGGCCAUUUUAGGAGGUGUAAACAAACAUUCCACCAGUAUUGGAAAGAUCUGGCUGACUGUCCUGUUCAUCUUCCGAAUUAUGAUCCUUGUUGUCGCUGCAGAGGAAGUCUGGGGUGAUGAGCAAGAUGAUUUUGUCUGCAACACUCUGCAGCCAGGAUGUAAAAAUGUCUGUUAUGAUCACUUUUUCCCCAUUUCUCACAUCAGACUCUGGGCCCUUCAGCUCAUUUUUGUCUCUACUCCUGCUCUCUUGGUUGCAAUGCACGUGGCAUACAGAAGACAUGAAAGGAAAAAGAAGUUCAUAAAGGGAGAAGGAAACUGUGAAUAUAAGGACUUAGAAGAAAUAAAAAGACAAAAAUUUCGCAUUGAGGGCCCUUUGUGGUGGACAUACACUACAAGCAUUUUUUUCAGGAUAAUCUUUGAAGUUGCCUUCAUGUAUGUGUUUUACCACAUGUAUCAGGGGUACCACAUGCCUCGCCUGCUCAAAUGCAGCACUUGGCCUUGUCCCAAUGUGGUGGACUGUUUCGUUUCCCGACCCACUGAAAAGACUGUCUUCACCAUUUUCAUGAUCGCAGUGUCUGCUAUUUGCAUUAUAUUAAAUGUAACUGAAUUUGGUUACUUGGUGGCAAAGUUUUGUAUUAGAAGGUCUAGAAGAGCAGCAGCCACCAGGCAUCACCCCAAUCAUGAGAACAAAGAAGAAAGUAAACAAAAUGAAAUGAAUGAACUCAUAUCUGAUAGCUGCCAGAAUACAGUAACAGGAUUUCCAAGCAGCUAAGAUGACCACAAGCCUACCACACAUACAAAUGGAAGAGAUGAAUGGCCAUAUUCAUAAUAAUUCAUAAGUGAUUUAACUUAACUAUGCAAUAAUUUAAAUGGAGUAAACAUGAGCAUUAGAUCAUGUUUGAAUUAGAUCUAUGUGCUAUAUGUUUAAAAGGUCAAGGUCAGCAUAAGAAUAUAGUGACUAUUAAAAAUUAAAGAAAUAAAUCUUAUGCAUAGCCUUAUAAAAUCAACUCUGAUUUGUUAGAAGUUGGUAUUUGUUAGUGCCUUCAUGCUGAAAUAGAUCCUAAAGUGAAAGGAGAGGAAAUUGGCUGUGUUCUGGAAUAGAUAUUAUUAGUAUUACAAGACAGUUUACCACAGUGGUAGCAGUUUUUACCUGUGAAUUUGCAUAUAAUUAAAAUAUUUUUAUAAAAUCUGAGAUUCCAUGUUCCUUAAUGUUAAUAUGUAUGAAUGAGUAGUGUCUUUUUUACUAAUAUUUUCUGAAAAAAAGAAAAAAGGUAAAUGUCUUCUUUUUAAUUAUAUUGGAGGUGAAUAAUUAUAACGUGUACUUACAUGCUGUCAAUAAAAUUUUCCAUUCUACAUACUGCCAGUUAAAAUCAUAUGUAUUUAAAUCCAUUAAUUAUAUAUUCAUUUUUGAAUGAGAUAAGCACUGGUUUCAUGUAUUGUAGAAGAUCUCAAUGUCUUUUUUGAGUUUUGGAUUACCAUUUUCCGUCUACAGUGGUAGAAAAAUAGCUGGUUGAAUAGCUGGUUGAAAAUAAUGUGAAGCAGUUUCUUUCAACCACUGUAAACCAAAUUCUGCAGCACUGUCUUUCAAAUAAAAAAAAAAUACUUUUAAAA